GUCGCGAAGACUCUUAAUGUCAUGAUAAUUGCGAUCUUCCUGCACAAAGCCCUCAAUAUAAACACGUACCAAAUUUCAAUAACCAAUAUCACUUAUUCCACUACAACUAUAGACUCCCUCAGUAUAAUUGAUAAUGGUAUGUAUAAGAAGGAUGACUCAUAGUCACAUAAUGGGGCCUAACAACACAAAACAUUGUUCAUUACUAACUUAUAAACCAUUAUAGUCCUCGUUUGAUCAACAAGUAGGAAUUGGAAUGCUUGGAGUAGCCAUUGCAGUAUUUGCUUACUAUUCAGUAUGGGUAUUUGUAUUACCAUUUGUGGAUGAAUCUAGUAUUCUCACUUACUUAUUUUUACCUCGUGAAUAUGCCAUUAAAUUACCCUUGUUAUUAUUGGUAGUGGCAGGUUUAGGAGUAGGGACAUUUGUGGGUAAUGUAUUAAUUAAGAAAGCUCAAAAGGAGAAAUUGAAAAAGAGUAAGAAAUCGGAUUAGGCUAGGUACGUACUGGCAAUAAUCUAGAACCUUUAUUAACUGUUUUGUAAUAGGACGUAAUAGUGAUCCCAAUGCUAGAUCAUCUUUAUUGUCAUCACUGUAAUUUAGCUAUUUACUUUAGCUAUUUACCUUAGCUUUUAGUGUACCUUUACUGAAAUAUAUAUAUAUAUAUAUCUUUAUCUUUAUCUUUAUCUUUAUCUUU